GCCAGGGCGGCCGGAGGAUGCAGAGGGGCCGGAGCCCGGCGGGCGAGAGGCCGAGGCGCGCGCUGCCCCCCACUCCGACCGCGUGAACCCCUCUGGGCGCCCAGCUCAGGGUCCCCUUUGCUGCUGCUGCUGUUGCUGCUGCUGCGCCCCAUUCUGAGACCGUGCCCCCCCACCUUUCUCCGCGGUUCUGUGUGUGUGCGCGGCCGCAGCCACCUCCGCCCAGAUCCGGAGUCUCCACCGCUGGCCAGGCCAUGGAGGUAGCACCCGAGCAGCCGCGCUGGAUGGCGCACCCCGCCGUGCUCAAUGCGCAGCACCCCGACUCGCACCACCCGGGCCUGGCGCAUAACUACAUGGAACCCGCGCAGCUGCUGCCCCCCGACGAGGUGGACGUCUUCUUCAAUCACCUCGAUUCCCAGGGCAACCCUUACUAUGCCAACCCGGCCCACGCGCGAGCGCGCGUCUCUUACAGCCCCGCACACGCGCGUCUGACCGGUGGCCAGAUGUGCCGGCCACACUUGUUGCACAGCCCGGGCCUGCCCUGGCUGGAUGGAGGCAAAGCGGCCCUCUCAGCUGCUGCUCACCACCACAAUCCCUGGACAGUGAGCCCCUUCUCCAAGACACCACUGCAUCCCUCAGCUGCUGGUGGCCCCGGUGGGCCUCUCUCCGUGUACCCUGGGGCAGGAGGUGGGAGUGGGGGAGGCAGCGGGAGCUCCGUGACCUCCCUCACCCCCACUGCAGCCCACUCCGGCUCUCAUCUCUUUGGCUUCCCACCCACGCCACCCAAGGAAGUGUCUCCUGACCCCAGCACCACUGGGGCAGCCUCCCCAGCUUCUUCAUCAGCUGGAGGGAGUGUGGCCAGGGGUGAGGACAAGGAUGGCGUCAAAUACCAGGUGUCACUGACCGAGACUAUGAAGCUGGAAAGCGGCAGCCCGCUGCGUCCAGGCCUGGCGGCCAUGGGCACACAGCCGGCCACGCACCACCCGAUUCCCACGUACCCGUCCUACGUGCCGGCCACUGCCCAUGACUACAGCGGGGGACUCUUCCACCCCGGAGGUUUCCUGGGGGGCCCCAGCUCCAGCUUCACCCCCAAGCAAAGGAGCAAGGCUCGGUCCUGCUCAGAAGGUCGCGAGUGUGUUAACUGCGGGGCCACAGCCACCCCUCUCUGGCGGCGAGAUGGCACCGGCCACUACCUGUGCAAUGCCUGUGGACUCUAUCACAAGAUGAACGGGCAGAACCGGCCACUCAUCAAGCCCAAGCGGAGAUUGUCCGCUGCCAGGAGAGCCGGCACCUGUUGUGCAAAUUGUCAGACGACAACCACCACCUUAUGGCGCCGGAACGCCAAUGGGGACCCUGUGUGCAACGCCUGUGGACUCUACUACAAGCUGCACAAUGUGAACAGGCCACUGACCAUGAAGAAGGAAGGAAUCCAGACUCGGAACAGGAAGAUGUCCAACAAGUCCAAGAAAAGCAAGAAGGGGAGCGAGUGCUUUGAGGAGCUAUCAAAAUGCAUGCAAGAGAAGUCCACCCCAUUCAGCGCUGCUGCCCUGGCUGGACACAUGGCCCCCGUGGGCCACCUCCCGCCCUUCAGCCACUCCGGACACAUCCUGCCCACCCCGACGCCUAUCCACCCCUCCUCUAGCCUCUCCUUUGGCCAUCCCCACCCCUCCAGCAUGGUGACUGCCAUGGGCUAGGGGACCAACCCCACUGACCAGACAGACGGGGACCAAUCGACCGACCGACAGAUGCCUCGGAGGGCGACUGACCCACCGGCAUCACUCCCGGAUACAGGCUGCGCCCCUGGCAAGUGGACCAGACCCUUAGCUGCCCAGCUCCCCUCCUGAAGACUGAUGCCACUCCUGGCAGCCCACGGAGCCCACUUGCCUCGCCCCUGGGCACCCCACUCAGCCGCUGGCCGCCACUGUGAAGUUUCCCCCAGGGGCUGGGAGGUGCCCUAGCUAUGGUCCCAUUGGGGGAGCAGAAAAUACAUGGAUCUGAGAGAAGAGAGGAGGGAAGUGAGGUUCAAACGAAGAAAUCAAUUUUUGGAGGAAGAAAUGGGAGGAGGCAGAAAUAAUUUAUUUUGCUCUGGUGUUUCACCGGAUGACCUGGAGUCUUGGGGGGGGUGGGAGGGUGUCUGAGCUGCCUGCAUCUAAAUUCUUCAGCUUCUUCCUCCGCACUCAGUACUGCCUGGACUGUCCACCUGCCAGGUUGUGGGGCCACCUCUGCAGCCCCAAAGCCUGCACCC